UUUUCAAUAUCAACUCAACCUUUAUAAGUGUGAUUGGCAAGUGACGGAAAAAACGGUCACGGCCCAUUAAUUUCCUUUUAUUUCUCUCCUUCCCAUUGCCAAAACCAAACAAUAUGAAUAGUACUAUUGAACAACCUCAUAAUAACUCAGAAACUAAAAGUAGCUCAAAUUCACCACCACCACCAUCACCACAAUCCCAACAAAUAAAAGGCAUAAGAGACACAAGCAAGCAUCCGGUAUAUCGUGGUGUCCGAAUGCGAAAUUGGGGAAAAUGGGUGUCCGAAAUUCGUGAGCCUAAGAAAAAAUCCCGAAUAUGGCUCGGCACAUUUCCCACACCGGAAAUGGCAGCUCGAGCACACGAUGUAGCUGCUCUCAGUAUAAAAGGAAGUGCCGCCAUUCUCAACUUCCCUGAGUUAGCAAACUUGCUUCCUCGACCGGCUUCACUUGCUCCCCGAGAUGUUCAAGCAGCAGCUAAUAAAGCAGCUCACAUGGAGUUUCCAUCUUCAACAACUUCAUAUGAAUUGAGUGAGAUAAUUGAGCUUCCUCGUUUGGGAAACGUUGGAGAUUUUGGAAAGGAGUUUGUAUUUAUGGAUUCCAUUGAUACUUCAUGGAUGUUUCAGCCUCCUUGCUUGCACACCAUGGAAGAUGUGAUUUGGAGUGAAAUUUAUAAUAACUAGUUUUCAGAUGAGUUUGUUUAAUGUUGCUAUAAGUGGUCCUUCCAUUUUUUUCAAUUAUUUUAUGUGAAUGUCUUAGUGUGUUUAUCAUGUUUUGUUUAUUAUUAUCAAAUAUUAUCAUAGAGACGGAGGCAAACACCUUAUUGACAAACGAGGUGUCAAUUCUGUAUUCUUGUUUUGUAUAAAUCUCUCUCUAUCUUUCUUUCAUUUUGUUUUUUGUUUUUUAGUUUUUGAGUGUCUCUGCUGCAGCCACUUGUGGUUUUUCUCUUAUGAGUAUGCUGCUCUUGUCCAUUGUGUUGUUUUUUUCUUUUCUUCCUCUUAGACUCAGUUGAGUUGCAAUGUAAUUAUGGUUUAGAAAUUAUAAUAAUAAAAUGAAAGUGGUAAA